AGUAAGUAGAAACCAGUUUGUACCGUCUCACCUAUAGUCUUGUUGUAAACGAGUGCGAUAAUAAAACGUUGGUCGUGUAAACCUGUGUGUAGAAACAUGGUUUACAAAAUUAAGAAACAUUCAGCGAUGCCCGUUCAUGUGGUCGACGAUCAUAACGACGCGCUCCAGUACAUGUAUCGAGAAAUAGGUUCCAAACAUCUGCCUCUUUACGGCAACGUCUUGUUGCACUUUGACUCGCAUCCAGACCUGUCCGUGCCCAAAGACAUGCCUGCCGAUUACGUCUACGAAAAAGAACAGCUGUUCGAUUCGUUGAGCAUCGAAAAUUGGAUUCUGCCCGCAGCGUACGCCGGCCAUUUUGACAAGAUCAUCUGGGUGAAACCGCCUUGGGCCCGGCAGCUGAACGACGGCGAAGUGAUUUUCACUAUUGGCAAACACAAGACGUCCGGGGCGAUUCGGCUUACGAACUCGAGUGAUUUUUAUCUUAGCGAAGGCAUAUACUGUUUAGAAGAUGACCUCGUUAACGUGAGGACAAUCAAACUUUUUGUUUACACCAUGUGCGGCUCGGUCUUUAACGGCGGCGAAGAAAACGUGGACGUGUUGAAGAACAUAUUUGCACAGUACACCAGUGAGAACCCUCAUUUUAUUUUGGACUUUGAUUGUGAUUUCUUUUCAACAAACAAUCCUUUCUUAACAAUGUACGACAAGGCCAACCUGUAUACAAAUUUACACAAAAUCUACACGUACACUUCACCGACCAACCGAGACGAUGUAGAUAGUUUGCUGCAGUGUUCUCGAGCUCGUGAAGUGUUGUUGCAAGAACUGGAAUCUGUAUUUAUGCACUUGGACGACGGUAAGUCACUGGACGAAUAUCCUAGAGAAAAACUGACUGCUGUUAAUGUAGAAGACCUAUCGUUUAUCGUCAACGAACUGUUGAAACAUUACAACCCUGUCGAUUGGCUGAUUGUACAUAACGCCGGUUGUACAAUCGAUAAUAUCGAGUUGCCCAACCAUCACACAUCCCUAACCGAUAUAGUCAAGUUUAUGGACAUAGUUUUCAACUUCUUGCAUCUUAUUCACGAACCGGCCGCCGUUACGAUCGCAUUGUCCACGGGCGAUGACUAUUGCCCAUUGGAAAGCGUAGACUUUAUUCAAGAAAUGUUGUUUUCAAAGUUGGAAUGUUUGUACAACAAGCUUAAUAUUAAAAAACUCGCUGAAGGUUCCUAAAAUGUAGAUACUAGUUUCAUAGUAGGUAGUCAUAAAAAGAAAAAAAAUAUGUAAGUAUAGUUGCAUGUCAUUGUAUUUUUUUAUACAUUCAAUUUAAAAGCCAGUAACUACAUUUUUUUAUAUUUCUUCUUGUAAGUUAGAUUUGUAUCUAUAGACAGCAUACCAUAGAUACAUUAUUUUAAAAAUAUGUCUUGUGAACUAAUAGCGCAUUAUGUUAAUCAAACCAAGUUCAA